AUGUCCCAAGCAAGUAGUCGUUGUUCAUCUAACGCGCGCGUUAGGAACAAGCAAUUCCUCUGCAACAAGCUACAAUAUGUAUUACUGGCUAUCAUUUUUGACAUUGGUGGUGGUGGCGGAUAUGGUAGAGGAGAAGGAGCAAGCAGCGAAUAUGGCAGAGAAGGAGCUGGAGGAAUAGGUGGAAGGCACGAUGGAUACGGAGUUGGAGGGGAGCAUAGUGCUGGUUAUGGAGGAGGAAGUAGUGGAGGCCAUGGUGUUGGGGGAGAACAUGGUGUCGAUUAUGGAGGCAGAGGCAGAGUAGAAAGUAGCAGAGGCUAUAAUGCUUGCUUGUUAGGAGUGUUCACAAAAAAAAAAAAAGAAGUUUGA